GAUCCUCGUUGCUCAUCCAAUCAACAGCAUCCAGACGAACCUGACGGAGUCCUGCACUAAUAUAUUCAUAUUCAACUCUGAAACACCCAAUAUGAUUGCCGGCAAUCAACGUCAUUCCGUGGUGUCAUCUCUUCUCCGCCUGAUGGUCGUUCAAGCGCUGCUGUUGGCAUUGCCAGCUGAUUUCCAACGUUAUCCCAACUACGACGUGCCUUACGUAACCAGCGGGAUCGAUCGCCUGUACAAUCCGCUGUAUUCCGCCCCGCCACCACCACCACCACCUCCAGUCUCGUACAGCAGCCCCAAUUUCUACGGCUCUUCCAUCUACGGCGUUCAAGCACCUCAGCAGCGUCCGGUUUACCCGCAGCCCAACUACUCGUCGGUCACACCAUCCAACUGCUUGUCGUACUACUGCUACCGAUCUGCUCUUCCGUCGCUGGAUGCAAUUACUAAUGCCACCGCACCGGCAGUCCCUCCUGUCUGUGGGAAAAGGAAUUACUUAAUCUGCGUGGCAGACAAGCCGAUGUCCACGGAAUACGGCCCAUCUUCUUCGCCUUUGUACCAGUAUCAACAAUCCUACCAACAGUCUAACGUUUGUCCAGCUUAUUUUUGCAAACUGGUCCCGAGGACCACGCCGGUCCUGGUCGCUGCUGACUCGUGCGAUUCCUUCGAGUGCAACAUAAUCGAGUGAACAAACGUGACGAUGAAUAAUACUCAAAUAUUGUCGAUAUAGUACAUGUACGAAAAAUUGAAACGCCAUGCUCAAAUUCUGAUGUGUUUAUUUGUUGUUACCAUUUUGUUUGUAUUCAACUUCUAUAUGGUUAUUUACUUUGCAACUGCAAUCCACCAGAUACUAUAAACAAUUCCGAAAACAAA